AUGAUGGAUCCAUCUCCAACUCCGACUGACACGACUCCAUUUGACACUCUCACUGACGAUCUCGCCAUUUUAAUCUUCCAGCGACUUGCCUCUAGCGUCACCUUCUCGCACGCCUUCGUCUGCUCGCGAUGGCUCCGGCUAGCGCGCGUUUCGCAGUGCGCAGUCCACGUGGCACGGCGGCGGGGAAUCUCCGGCGCGCAGCUGAUCCGCGCAGUAUCGCGCAUGCCGAACCUCUCGUCCCUCGAUCUGUCCAAUGGCAGCGUGGAUUCGAUCACCGACGCUUUUCUUGCAGGGCUCGCUAAGGCAUGUCCGCAGUUAUCGUCUCUCUCCCUCACGGCCGGAGGACACGGGUCCUCUCUCUCUCACUCCUCACUGGGUCUCGAAGCCCUUUUCUCCACGUGUACGCGUUUGCAGCAGCUCCGUUUGCACGGUACAGCAGCUGGGGUCACCUCUCUCCCGUCACCCUUACUGCAUCUGCAGCAGCUGAAGACUCUUCAUCUAUCCAUGGAUCAUCUACGGGAACUACCGCCUGCCUUUGGCCUCCUCUCCUCCCUCACUCACCUCAAUCUCCACACUCCCCUCCUUCAAUUCCUUCCUCCAACCCUGGGCAGAUUGCGUGACCUAGAAUCUUUUGAGCUUGUCGAUUGCGACUCUCUCGUUUCUCUGCCCGAGUGUAUCGGGCAGCUGUCAAAGCUCAGCCAUCUGGGCGUGAGCAGCAGUAGCCUGGUCCUCCUCCCUGAUUCCAUCUCCCUCCUCUCCCUCACUUCUCUCGAUCUCAUCCUCCCCGCACUCUCUCUCCUCCCAGCAUCACUCGGCCACUCCUCCCUCUCCACCUCUCUCUCCCUCCUCGCCCUCACCAUCUGCACCACACUCCACUCCCUCCCUGCGUCUCUUCCAUCCCUCCACACGCUUACAACAAUCGAGAUAAGCCAGUGCUCCUUGUCAGCCCUCCCGGACGAUUUUGGAUUCCUGCCUGCGCUGCAAACGCUCGAGCUGAAUGCCUGUGAGGAGCUUUCCCGCCUCCCAGAUUCCUUCCCCCUGCUCCCCUCCCUCACCAACCUUUCGAUCACUGGCUGCCCGACCCUGCUGUCCCUGCCCGAAAAUUUCGGGCAUCUGUCCUGCCUGAAAAUUUUUGAACUCUGCAGUGUGGCGAAAGUCGCGUGUCUCCCGGACUCGUUCGGGCAGCUGGAAGCACUGCAAGAGGUGUGUGGCGCGGCGAUGGGGAAGCGCGGCGACGUCAUGAUGGCGGCGAGAGCGGCGGUGGUUGCGCUGUUGGUGGCGCGCUGCUGCAUGCUCUUCGCACGCGCUGCUCCCGUGGUGGACGCCGAAAUGGAAGCCUUGGAGAAUCUGGCACAUGAAUGCAGCGACGUCUACAAUAGGAACACAUGGAUGAGGGACAGGGAUUGCGACAGCAUGUAUGCCGUGCGAUGUGAUGACGACGGGCAUGUCAUUGAACUCGUCAUCAGCGAGUGCAGCCUCGUCGGCUCCCUGCCCACGGCUCUCCUCGCAUUGCCCCAUCUCAAGGAGCUGACUGCUGUUUCCAUCGUCAGGCACUUGUCGAGCCAUGAUUCUCCUGGGGAGCUGCCUGCGUGGAUCUUCAGCCUCACAAACUUGACUUCACUGGACAUCCAAGGAAACAACUUUUCGGGCUCCAUUCCAGAGGCAAUCAGCAGCCUCAAGCAGCUAAGGGAGUUACGCAUCACGGAGCCAACGCUGUCAGGGUCCAUCCCCGAGUCAAUAGGAGCGCUCACCAACCUGCAAGAUCUGAAUCUUCGCAAAUGCGGUCUCUCAGGAUCCAUUCCAGAGGCAAUCAGCAGCCUCAAGCAGCUGGAGAUGUUGGACCUACAGGGCAACAGCCUGAGUGGCACCAUUCCCGCCUUCAUUGGCCGCCUCACCGAACUUCGCAUCCUGAAACUCAACGACAACGCUUUCUCAGGCUCCAUUCCGGGGACAUUCUGCAACCACAUUCGUUUCUGCGAGUUAGACUUUGAGGGCAACCAGUUUACGAGAGAGCUGCCCUCGUUCGACCAUACUGCCCAUCUCAACAUAUUUCCAUGGAGCUACAGCGACCUCACAGCCACCGGAAGCCGUCUCCCCCUCAAUGCUACCGGUGGAGACGAACCUUCACAGCAGCACAGCUUGUCGACUUUCCAGGGAGCUACAGCGACCUCACAGCCACCGGUGGAGACGAACCUUUACAACAGCGCAGCUUGUGUAUGUAAUUCUUUCUGCAUAUUGUCCCUCCUGUCCUCCAAAGCCUCCUUGAUGCCUGCUUGCUCUCCACCAGUACCCAGCACUCCUUCACCCAUAUGCUGCUUCUUUACAUGCAUCGCCUCCUCCCUCCCACCCUCCCUCCCUCUCCUCAUCCACCGUGCAUCCACCAACCCACCAUGUGAACCACCAGACACUGCAGUGGUGGAGGAGGCACUCUCCGUUCUCCAGGCACCUCCAAACCUGCUGCUGCUGCAGCUGCUUCCACUGGCAGUGCUGCUGCAGCUGGCGUUGGCCUUGUCACUGGCGAUUCUGAGGCGCCUCAAGAAUCGACCCCCCACAUGCUACUUCUUUUCAAAGAGAGCCCUUGCUGCCCGGCAAGCUGCCAUGGGUGUGGAAAUCACUUGCGAGUGA